AUUUAGGGCUCCAAUUCCGGUUAAUGCACUUGGAUACACGUGCUUUGAUGCCUUGGCUUGGCUUUCCCUGAUUUCGAUAUGAACGGAGCUUGUUUGAAGUUCGAAAAGCCGAUUCGGGACUCCAUUUCGAGAAUCCGGUUCGCUCCCCAAUCCAACAAUCUCCUCAUCUCUUCUUGGGACGCCAGUCUUCGUUUGUACGAUGUGGGUAGCUAUAAUCUCAGAUUGGAAACUCCCACGGAAGCUGCACUUCUUGAUUGUUGUUUCCCGCAGGAGUCGGUUGCUUUUACCACUGAUUCUGAUGGUUAUAUUAGAAGGUGUGAUUUGCAAUACGGAAUCAAUGAGAAAAUUGGAAGUCAUGAUGAUUUAGCAACUUGUGUUGAAUAUUCUGAUGAGACAUGGUUUGUAGUUGGAUCAAUUGAUGGAAGGGUAGCACUGAAGUAUAUAUAUUCAUUUAAUUCCGGCAAUGACGGAUAUGUUUUUCGAUGUCAGCCAAAGGCAAAGGAUGGAAGGCAUCAUCUUGCAGCGGUGAAUGACAUUUCAUUUAGUCCAUCCAUUUGCGGCACUUUUGUCACCGGUGAUGAUAAAGGUCAUGUUAUCACAUGGGAUGCUAAAAGCAAGAAAAGAUUAUUUGAGCUUCCAAGACAUCUCAACAGCAUUGCCUCCUUAUCAUACAACUGUGGAGGACAACUCCUGGCAGUUGCAUCAAGCUUCACAUACCAAGAAGCUAAUGAAUUAGAAGAGCCUCCUCAAAUAUACAUACAUGAGAUGGAUGAAAGAUACAUUGGAUCAGGUUCAGCUUCAAGCUCAAGCAAUAAAACAUAACUGCAAAUGAUAUGUUUCAAACAAAGAAGAAUGCAAGUAAUUGUAUGCUCGAGGCAACGAUUGAACAACAAUGACCUUGGUGGACUCUGUUUAGAGACAAGUUGAAACAAGGGAAAGGUACAUGACUGGCCACUUCUAAGUUAUAAUUAAGUGAUGGGUAGCACUAGGAAUCAAAAGUUAUUUUGUAGUGCUAUUUGAUCUUCUUUUUUUUUUGACCAAUGAGUAUGGGACACACGUAAAGACGUCUUUAUUUUAUUGUUUUGAUAUUUCAUGUAGCCGCUAUUUUAUGACCUUUA